CGCCUCAGAGCUGCCGGCCGCCGGGGGAGUCCGGGCCGCCCCCGCACCCCGGGGGUCGUUCCCUCGCAUCCUCCCGGCCUCGGGAAGGCAGAGGCGGCGGCGGCUGGAGCCGGGCGGGGCGGCCUGAGGUGAGAGCCCGGCCGGUCCCGCUGGGAAUAUGGCGACCGGUGGCUACCGGACCAGCAGCGGCGGCAGCGGCAGCACCACAGACUUCCUGGAGGAGUGGAAGGCGAAGCGCGAGAAGAUGCGUGCCAAGCAGAACCCCCCGGGCCCGGCCGCUCCGAGCGGGGGCGGCAGCGACGCGACUGGGAAGCCCCCAGCGGGGGCUCUGGGCACCUCGGCCGCCGCCGCGGCCAACGAGCUCAACAACAACCUCCCGGGCGGCGCGGCCGCACCUGCAGCCCCCGGCUCUGGGGGCGUGAACUGCGCCGUGGGCCCAGCGGCGCUGCCCCGGUCCGUCCCCGGCCCCCGGCGGCCCGAAGACGAACCGCCCCCCACGGCCGCCGCCGCCGCGGUCUCCGCCUCGGGGGCACCGCCGGCCCGGGGCGACGAGGAGGAGCGCGACGGCGCCCCGGAGAAGGGCAAGAGCUCGGGCCCCAGUGCCAGGAAAGGCAAGGGGCAGAUCGAGAAGAGAAAGCUGCGGGAGAAGCGUCGCUCCACCGGCGUGGUCAACAUCCCCACGGCAGAGUGCUUAGAUGAAUAUGAAGAUGAUGAAGCAGGGCAAAAAGAGCGGAAACGCGAAGAUGCAAUUACACAACAGAACACGAUGCAGAAUGAAGCUGUCAGCUUAUUAGAUCCAGGCAGUUCCUACCUGGAUCUAAUACAAGACCCAUCUAGAACGGUUUCAGGCAGAUAUAAAAGCACAACUGCCUCUGAAGAAGAUGUCUCAAGUAGAUAUCCCCGAACAGAUAGAAGUGGGUUUAGCAGAUACAACAGGGAUGCAAAUGCUUCAGGUAAUUUGGUCUCAAGUAGCAUGUUGGAAAAGAAAAUUGAAGAUCUUGAAAAGGAAGUAGUAAGAGAAAGGCAAGAAAACUUAAGACUUGUGAGACUAAUGCAAGAUAAAGAGGAAAUGAUCGGAAAACUCAAAGAAGAAAUUGAUUUGUUAAAUAGAGACCUAGAUGACAUAGAAGAUGAAAAUGAACAACUAAAGCAGGAAAAUAAAACUCUUUUGAAAGUUGUUGGUCAGCUAACAAGGUAGAAGAUUCAAGUCCCAGUGUGGAAAAAAUAUUUUAAAACUACUGAUUGAAUGUUAUAGUUGAUGGUGGGGACAAUAUUCCUAU